AUGCUGCUUUCUUCAGGAGCAGCUGCAUGCUCCAAGGCUGCGCAAGAGGCGUGGCUGUGGGUCAAGAAUCAGGUCCGCAGGCCAUCUACACCUCGACGCGGCCAAGGCGGCUGCGCUCAUGAUCUGCUUCAGGAGCAGUUUGACGUCCUGAACAGCCCAAUUAGGGGCGCAGUGGAACGUCCUUGCAUCACUUUGCGCGAUGUGGGGCGGGCACUUCAGGAGCUUUGCAGCGGCGAUACCGCCAUUCACAACCUGCCCUCAACCGAGGCUUCGCAGGGCUCCAACAUGGAGCUAUCGGUGGAGCGAGCGCAGCGAAGGGAGCAGGCCCUUUCCCUGUGCACAGACUCGCUUCUCGCGACGGAUUCGCCGACAAUUUCUAUUUCUUUCUCACAGAGCUGGCCAUUGCAGGAGCCGUUUCACGUCCUGAACAGCCCAGCCAGGGGCGCAGUGGAACGUCCGUACAUCACCUUGCGCGACGUGGGGGAGGCCGCCAUUGACAGCUGGUCCUCAACCGAGACUUCGCCGCAGGGCUCCAACAUGGAGCUAUCGGUGGAGCGAGCGCAGCGAAGGGAGCAGGCCCUUUCCCUGUGCACAGACUCGCUUCUCGCGACGGAUUCGCCGACAAUUUCUACUUCUUUCUCACAGAGCUGGCCAUUGCAGGAGCCGUUUCACGUCCUGAACAGCCCAGCCAGGGGCGCAGUGGAACGUCCGUACAUCACCUUGCGCGACGUGGGGGAGGCCGCCAUUGACAGCUGGUCCUCAACCGAGACUUCGCCGACGGAUUCGCCGACAAUUUCUACUUCUUUCUCACAGAGCUGGCCAUUGCAGGAGCCGUUUCACGUCCUGAACAGCCCAGCCAGGGGCGCAGUGGAACGUCCGUACAUCACCUUGCGCGACGUGGGGGAGGCCGCCAUUGACAGCUGGUCCUCAACCGAGGCUUCGCCGCAGGGCUGCAACAUGGAGCUAUCAGUGGAGCGAGCGCAGCGAACGCUGGGCACAUGCUGGUGCUUGAAACUGCUGCUGCGAAAGGCCCUUUCCCUGUGCACAGACUCGCUUGUCGCGACGGAUUCGCCGACAAUUUCUACUUCUUUCUCACAGAGCUGGCCAUUGCAGGAGCCGUUUCACGUCCUGAACAGCCCAGCCAGGGGCGCAGUGGAACGUCCGUACAUCACCUUGCGCGACGUGGGGGAGGCCGCCAUUGACAGCUGGUCCUCAACCGAGGCUUCGCCGCAGGGCUCUAACAUGGAGCUAUCGGUGGAGCGAGCGCAGCGAACGGAGCAGGCCCUGUGCCUGUGCACAGAGCCGUUUCCCGGGUUCACAAAUCGCAUCAACGACUUCCUGCCGGUUCCAGACUUUGCCGCAUAUCGUGCUGCCACUCCAGCAAACUUACAGAGGGCACCAAUCGAGCAGAUCAUGAUGGUAAUCCCGCCAGAGCGGAAGCCAGAGCGGAAGCGAUUCGAUUCGAUGGAGAUCUUUUCUGAGAUAUUUUGA